AUCAAUUGCAAUUGGCCGCAUGCUGCGGAGGAGGAGGGUGUGGGAACCACUUCUCUUUCUGCUCCCGGGACUUACUGCAUGUCCACCACCUGUGUCCCUCUCUCUCUGUUCAUUCAUAGCUCACAGUGACACUCACCAAUUACUAGUACUACUUUAUUACACUUCCGUACAAAUGUGAAUUCCAAGAGGAAUCACUUCUUAUCAUCCUCCUCAUUCCACUGUGAAAUUGGAAAACCACCCAUUUUUAACCCCAUCUCUGAAAAAAUCUCGUUUCAAAUUCAUCACCCACCCCACGAUAUAUAGAGGGAAGAAAAAAAAACCGGAAACAAUUCAGCUCUACUUUUAUUCCCACUUCUACCAGCUUCUUCCCUUUUCAUAUUAAAUGUUGCGGUCAAAAUAAAUUUACAGACACAUGUACCGAUAAAUAAAUCAAGGGUUUUUUUUCCCUCUAGCUUUCUGCAAAUUUCGCAGAUCUUUCGAGCUUCGACCCUUCCUUUUCUCUACCAAACCCACUUUUCCUUCUCUCUCUAUCUGUCUGUACUGCCGCUAAACCCUAAACCGUUGAAUUGAAAGUACUCCGUUAAAGUUUUUGGUCGAAAUAUCCGAUGUCAGGUCUCUACAAUCCCAACUUCUCACCUGCCAGAGCUGCUUCUCCGCAGAUUAGAGGCGCCCCAGACAUUAUUAACAGCAGCAAUCACUACUUGUCGGAGCUGUUGGCGGAGCAUCAAAAGAUUUCACCUUUCACUCAGGUCCUUCCAAUAUGUAGCAGACUCUUGAAUCAAGAGAUUCUGCGGGUGUCGGGGAUGAUGCCCAAUCAAGGAUUUGGUGAACUUGACAGAUUGCGGCACAGAAGCCCCAGUCCCAUGGCUUCUUCAAACCUUAUGUCAAAUGUGACAGGACCAGGACUGGGUGGCUGGAAUGGUCUUCCUCAUGAGAGAUUAAGUGGACACCCAGGGAUGACGAUGGACUGGCAAGGAGCGCCGGCAAGUCCUAGUUCAUAUACAGUGAAGAAGAUUUUGCGUUUAGAUAUUCCAGUGGAUACUUAUCCAAAUUUUAAUUUUGUUGGGCGUCUUCUGGGCCCUAGGGGGAAUUCACUAAAAAGGGUGGAAGCUACUACAGGAUGUCGUGUUUACAUCCGAGGAAAGGGAUCAAUAAAGGACCCAGACAAGGAAGAGAAGCUACGAGGAAGACCAGGCUACGAGCACCUGAAUGAGCAGCUCCAUAUCUUGAUCGAAGCUGAUUUACCCGCCAAUGUUAUUGAUUUGAGGCUAAGACAGGCACAGGAGAUCAUUGAAGAACUGCUCAAACCAGUGGAUGAGUCGCAGGAUUUUAUCAAGAGGCAGCAGUUGCGUGAGCUAGCUAUGCUAAAUUCCAAUUUCAGAGAAGAGAGUCCUGGGCCUAGUGGUAGUGUUUCACCUUUCAAUACGAGCGGAAUGAAACGCGCAAAAACAGGCCGUUAGGCCCACUUAUCUAUUGGUGUUGAAAAUUUGUGUCUACUGAUUGCUUCCUGGUAUAAUGCUCGGGUAUGCCUCAAUUAUGCUUAGCUACCAAAAAAAAGGUUACCAGACUUUGGUGGUGAGUUUUCUAGUUGAGCUUUCUUAUUAUUUUGGUCUAAUUUUUGAAAGACAGAAAUCAAAUCAGGGAAAACAAAAGAGAAAAAAGUUUGAUUCUAUGUAGUUGGGCAGUUGGGUUUGAAUUUUGGUUUGGGGAUGUCUGAUGUUGUAAACUUCAUUAUCCAUUGAAUUUAUUCAUCUGUUAGUAGCCAUGUCUAGAGUGGACUACAGCGUUGGUACAAUGUAGCCGAAGGUCUUAAGCAAAUGGAUUGAAUUUUGUAGUUGUAUUAUGUUUCAUGAUUUAUGAUUUAUUUUCAUCACUUGUAUUCCAUUCUGUAUGAAAAAGGAUCGUAGUGAUCUGACUAAGUUCGUAUUUGACUUGAAUAUAUCAAGGCAUUAUGAUUGUUUUUUUU